AUGUCACCUAACAAUACAGUCCAGGACGCGGUGCAGUCCUCAUCUCUAUCUGACCCUGAAAAAUUCUGGGACAAACAUGGCAAAGAGCUGUACUGGCACAGACCAUACAGUGCUGCUCUCCGCCAGACCACCAAGAAGUUACCAGACGGUACUUCACAUCCCCACUGGUCCUGGUUUCCAGAUGGUGAGAUUAGUACAACAUACAACUGCUUAGAUCGCCAUGUCAAGGCCGGCAAUGGUGACAAGCUUGCCAUGAUUUGGGACAGUCCCGUGAGUGGCUCGAAAGAGAAGUACACGUACAAUCAGAUGUUGGAUGAAGUGGAACUGCUUGCGGGCGUGUUGAGAGAUCAGGGCAUCAAGAAAGGAGAUGUCGUUCUGAUCUAUAUGCCUAUGAUUCCACCGGCGAUAUUCGGCAUGCUGGCGGCUGUCCGACUGGGUGCGAUGCAUGCCGUCGUUUUUGGUGGAUUCGCUGCCAACAGUUUGGCGCAAAGAAUAGAAGAUGCAAAGCCAAAAGUCAUUCUGACUGCCAGUUGUGCGAUUGAGGGUGCUAAAGGUCCUCUGGCUUAUCAACCCUUGGUCGAAGGCGCGAUCCAGCAGAGCAAAUGGAAGCCUAAUCAGACCAUCAUUUGGCAGCGAGACGUCAAGAGGUGGAAUCCCGUCAAAGAGGACGAGGGCCAGAGUGAUUGGCAGGCUUUGAUCAAAAUGGCAAGGUCUCGAGGUCUCAGGGCUGAGGCUGUUCCGGUGAAGAGCACCGAUGGUAUUUAUAUUAUCUACACAAGUGGUACCACUGGAUUACCAAAAGGCGUUCUUCGUGAAGCAGGUGGCCAUGCUGUCGGAUUGAAUUUGAGCGUGAAAUACCUGUUUGAUGUCAAAGGUCCAGGUGAUGUCAUUUUUACCGGUAGUGAUAUCGGUUGGGUCGUGGGUCAUUCAUACAUUGUAUAUGCACCUCUCCUCGCUGGAGCAACAACAAUCCUCUUUGAAGGCAAGCCCAUUGGCACUCCUGAUGCGGGUGCUUUCUGGCGCAUGGUUGAUGAACACCAAGUCACAACCUUGUUCACCGCGCCUACUGCUCUGAGGGCCAUCAGGAAAGAAGACCCGACGGACAAGUUCUUCAAAGAUCGUGGUGGAAAGGGCCGUUUGAGGCAUCUGCGUGCUCUAUUCCUGGCUGGAGAGAGAUCGGAACCUUCCAUCAUCACACAUUAUCAACAGCUUUUGAGCAAAUACGCCGCACCGGACGCUCGAGUCAUUGAUCAUUGGUGGUCAAGUGAAUCUGGAAGUCCCAUGACGGGGAUUGCCCUCCGCCCUGCGAUCGGGCAGAAGCAUCACAGUCGCGACGAGCACAAGGCUCUAGCCAUUAAACCUGGUAGCGCUGGCAAACCCAUGCCAGGGUUCGAUGUCCGCAUCGUAGAUGAUGAGGGUAAAGAGGUCGGACAAGGCAAGAUGGGCAAUAUCGUUCUGGCCAUGCCAUUUGCACCGACUGGGUUCACCACUCUAUUUAACGACGAUCCACGCUUCUACAAGGGGUACUUGAGGCGAUUUGAUGGCAAAUGGUUGGAUACGGGCGACGCAGGUAUGAUUGACCAAGAUGGCUAUGUACAUGUCAUGAGUCGAAGUGACGAUAUUAUCAACGUCGCCGCGCAUCGCUUUAGCACAGGUGCCAUCGAACAAGCAAUCACAUCCCACGACUCUGUUGCUGAAGCAUGUGUGGUGGGAAUUCCGGAUGCCAUGAAAGGACAUUUACCGUUUGCAUUUGUGAUACCUUCAACGACAUCUGAUUCGAAUCUGCCGGCCACGCCGUCAAAGGAAUUCUUCACCGGCAUCAACAAUAUUGUCCGAUCACAAAUCGGUGCAAUCGCUUCACUAGGAGGUAUCGUUCAAGGCAAAGGCAUGAUCCCAAAGACUCGCAGUGGUAAGACGCUUCGACGGGUAUUGCGAGAGCUUGUGGAGAAUGGUGCCGAGGGUCACUUCGAUAAGGAAGUCAACGUCCCAGCGACGGUAGAAGACCGUGAGGUCGUGGAAGUGGCCAGACAGCGAGUCAAGGAGUGGUUCGAAGAGCGGAAGAAACAAACCGGAAAGGCCAAACUGUAG